AUGUCCUUCUUCCGUAAACAUGUUCGUGGACUUUUGAAGCAGACGUUUAAUAAGAACGGGUCCACGGAAUCAGAUUCUGCCAAUUCCGAGGACUACGAAGAUGAACAUCAACACGAACAAGGACAUUCAGGCUCAGAACUGAUCUAUGAAAGAAUAAUGAAUGGGAGAAAUGGGAGGAAGAUGGUGCUGCCGGAGAUAUAUUCUGGGAAAACGGGGCUGGAUCUGCCAGUAAUCAAUCUGGACAAAUUUGAAAGAGGAUUGAGAGCUGCUUUCACAGGCCCUGACGGUGGUCUAACCAAUGUAAGAUCUGAAGUAUUAAGAAAAUUUUAUUAAUUUAUUUGUCAUCAUGUCUAACUUAAAAAUAAUAUUAUUAUAUAUUCUAGGUCCAACAAGUAAAACAAAAGCCCAUCGCCAAGCUAGCCAAUCUUGACGAUGAAUUGAGUCUGUCCAGUUGCUCAGAUGAUGAGGAUAUCCUUCUAACCGACUGCCCUGUAAACGCUUUCGACCCCAAUCAAAUGAAAGGCGGAUCUCUGGAGUCCCUCGGCUUUUGUUCCGACGAUCUUAUCCCUGGCUCUUCGAUGGAUCGUAUUGAAUGGGAUGCGUUUUGUGAAGAGAGGGCCUUCGGGAAGAGUUGUUCUUUAUACGAGAGGAAUCCGAUCAGUGGAAUUCAAGCGGGCACUCCAAUUGCGGACGUUUUCGGAGUCCUGGCCAGAAAAAAUAAUGCCAUUUUGGCACUGGCCGAUGGAGUAAAUUGGGGAGAAGGUAGGAUUUUCAAAUUAAAAGUUAUAGUCGUCGUUGAGUAAUCACUUUAAAGAAAAAUUCUUACCGUCUUUUAAAAGUCGUUUUGAACACUGACCAAGACCUACAUCGCCCUUUCCCAGACAGCUGUCAGUCAUCUCAAGACACAUGAAUUACAUCGAGUCUAGAUUUCGGAGACUGACAGAAAAUGUCAAAAUAGAAAAUGCAGUAAAUGUUCGGCUUUCCAGUUUAAUCAAGCCGGUUAUUUUUUCCUAAUCAAUUUUUUUAUUUAGGUGCCCGUUUGGCCGCUCGUUGCGCCAUCAGAGGAGCCUUUGAUCAUUUAAAUCAAGCCAUCGAGGAGAGUAGUCUCAGAACAACCACGGAUGUCUUCCAUUCCUUAUUGGGAGCCUUUCAUUCAGCCCAUGCUUUGAUUUUACAGGAAGGCGGAGCUCUCACAACACUUUGUGUGGCUCUAAUCGCCCCAGUCAGGAACUCGGACUCUUAUGUUUUAUGUGUUUGUAAUGUCGGCGACUCCUUGUGCUUCGUUCAUAAUGAUCAUGGAGUUAGAGAAGUUACUCUCGCCUCGCACGAAGUGGAACAUCGGAAUAUGAGGGAUGCUGGGGGUGCCUUAGGGCCUGUGGACGGGAGGAAUCCCCAACUUCACAACUUGACUUGCAGUAUGACAUUCGUUGAAGAGAGUAAGAACAAAAUAUGAAAUCUAUUAUAAAUUACGUAUUGAAUGAUAAAAAUUUUUUUAAUUUUAGAUGAUCUAGUCUUCAUAACGUCGGAUGGUGUCAGUGACAACUUUGACCCCGUGGUCGGAAAGUUUUGUGUCAUCAAAAAAUCAGAGAUGGAGAAGGAGAAUGAUGUUGGUAUUCUUGAGAUUCCCUCUCCAAACAAGGUAAUUUCGCUUGCAUUAGAUGUUUCACGACAUAUUUUGGUGGUCUUACGGUCAUUUUUCAGUCGCUUCAUAAGACCAAGUCUAUUAACAAUGGUGUCCCUGUCCCCAAAAAGCGCUGCCUUUCCGUUCUUCCAUCGGUGGACGCAGCCGAACGUCAAGAACUUAUGUUGUUGCGAAUGGCCGAUGUCAUCUCCAAUGGGAUCAACAAUUUGCAAGAAGCUUCUGCCGGGAUCGAAGAUAUCAAACCGGAAAAUGAAACGACGGCAUCUUCUUUAUGUCAUAAUUUAGUGGAUUUUGCAUUUAAUCUGUCAUCAGCGAAAAGAAAGACAUUGGAAGAUCCAGAAUUAUACAGAACACGGACACAUUCGAAGACAGAAGAAAGGCUGAGGAGGAAAAUGAUCAGGAAUAUGAUCAUGGAGAUGCCCGGGAAACUCGACCACGCAUCUGUGGUUGCUUAUCGAGUGGGAUUCUGGGAAAGUCGGGAGAAGAAGCAAAGGAAUAUUCAUCAUGAGAGCAAAGGAAGUAGGUAGAAAGAAACUUUAAUCAUUACAAGAAGAUAUUAAAGUUAUUUUCUGUUUCUACGCAUUAAUUUCUAGCCCCAACCCUCUGCCCUCGCCCCACGGAUCUCCCUCCACCCAUUCCAGAACAUAAUUCGACCAAUUCUCAAAUCAAUUGUCUGGUCCGUAUGAACAAACCAAUCCAGAACGUAAACUCAACAAAAGUUAUUGUCCAAAAGAAACAAACUGCCGAAAGCGAACUGGUUUUGCAUCUAGAUAUACCUCCAGAACUUCGAAGCGAAGAAGCGCCGAUUCAGAGGACUCGAGGCAAAUCGCCUUACGAAGAGAUUCCUAUUCUAAAUCAAGGAGAAGAUAGUACCAAAACCCCGAAAAUGAGGGACAAUAAAGAAGUAAGUGGAAGAUUGCAUUAUAAUAUUGCGUAAGAAAGUGGUUUCGUAAUAUUGCAUUUACUAUUCAGCGCCGAAAACAUAGCCGCGGAUCAACGUUGCGUCACACCCUGGGGGUGGAUGUCACCUGGCUGAAGAAAUUGGUGAUCAACAAGCAUUUCUCGUCCAGUAACAAGGAUUCCGCGAGAACUCAGCCAUCCGGAUCUCAAGAUUUCGAUCGAGUUAAUGAGCCCGAGACACCAACAGAAUCUUCGUCAGCACAUAAACUGUAAGUAAAAUCAAUUCGUUUUUUAAUUUUAUUUUGAUCAUUUGCAGAGCCCCAUCCGCAAAUUGUUCCCCCACCCACCAGCUGUAUCCCUCUCCCAAACGUCUCCAUCACAGUGUAUCUCAAGGUGUUCCGCCUCCAAUUUCCCGCUUACAUCCAACUCAAAGUCAAGGAGCUUCGAGUUUUUCGUUAAGGAAACUGAAGAGAUUGGUCAGGUCCGAGAGAAACUCCAAAUUCUCCGCUCAAAACGACACCUUCCUGUAAAUACUGCCUGUUAUCUUAUACAUGUCUUUCUUUGGUUAUUCGGGUAAUCCAAGCAACUUAAAGGUCACUGCUAAACGUUGAAUACUCAGUACUUUGUUAAUAAACAAUUGUUUUUGGGUCUAGUAUAUUGUUGAAUGCGUGAUGACAAGAUAUAUUACUCUGGGGUAAAGGUGAGUUUCAGCGUGUGAAAAUGAGAACAAAGGAAACGGAAUUAACGGCCGACUUCACUGAACCAUGUACAGCUGCAUGAACACGUGAACGAGAAGGUUUCUCAUGCUUUUCAAUUAUACACAACUUUAUUCCUUGCUACAUAACUCGUUGUUUGACAAUGAUUUUAAUCUUCUCGUGAAUUUUUGUUUCUUCUAUUUUUAUAUUUAUGACGUCAUAAAGUGCCAAUGCUUGAAUCCAGGGGAAACGCCCUCUAAAACCCGAUGCAACAAGCGCUUCAGUGUUCAAUUUGUAUUAUUGAAGUGGCCUUUUUGUCUUCAAUUUGCCUUACGCCAACCUCUUUGUACAGGCUUAAUUCGACUAAUGUUUUUUCGUCUUGCCUAAGGGCCUGGCCUCCUGCCAAUAACAUGCUCAACUUUGUUUGAGUGCACUUGGAAGAGUGGCCUCAAGGAAAUAGUUUUUUUUUCGUAUGUCGGUGCUCUCUGACGUUGUUCGUACUCUCCGCGGUCAUCAAUUAUGGCCAUAGGAAGUGUAUCAUUUUUUAUUUUUCCUGUUUAUUCAAUAACUGGUCUCAAAUUUUGUGCCGACCAUACCCUUAGGCAUAGUGUUUAGUUUUGUUCACAGGUUGGACAGAGAGCUUUUUGCAGUGGCUAUUCGAAUAAAACCACGUGAAGAUUGUCGGUUUACGGACCCUGAAGGCAUUUGGACUUUGUCUUCGGAGUAGCCGCGGCAACAACCGUCACUUUAAUGGACGGCCAUUAAACGGAUGUCCGGGCAUUUGGGCCAGGUUUGACGGUCCAGUGGUCAGUCGAUUGUGGCCGGUCGGUCGGAAUUAUUCGACGCGUCUGACGGGCUUAUUAUGCUGUGAUAUUGACCAGUAAACAACGUUGCUUUUUGUUUUAAAUUUCAAAAAAAUUUUUUUAAUGAGGAUCAGAUUUAGCCGCGCUUUCAGAUAUCUGUGUAAUAGGCGUAAAAUCAUCUACUUCAUGUGUAUUCAAACUGUGUUUAAUUAUUUUUUUGCUAAUUAUAAAACCUUUGUCUCUUCUUACCCCACCCCUUUUUCGCAUGCCGCUCCAAUUAUUUUUGUAACGCAAACUAAUUAACAUACGGAUCCAGAAUCAACGAAGAUCCAGAAAAUGGCCGGACAAAGGAAGGGCAGGAAGGUGGAAUUGGGACAAAGGAAUCAGCUUAUGGGGCUGGGAAGUUGUCUGCUACCGCUUCAGAUAUUAUUUCUGAUUCCAAUCUUCGCAAUCAACGUCUCUCCCAUUAA